AUCUUUAUCUAAAGUACGUCGUUUUCAUGAUCCUACUAGUGGACCAACAGAAUCACUUUCGCGUUCUUCAUCGUUCGACAGUCUUCAAAGUUUACAUAUAUCUGAUAAUUUUGCAAAUGAUUUUGGCAAAAUUACCAACCCAGUACGCUGUGUUCAACAAGAUGGUUCUGAAAAAGGACAAGUCAAGAUGCUUCAAUUACCAAGCCUUAUUACACCGGUCAGUUUAUUUGGAAAAAGAAUCAGGUAUUGAAGACAGGGGAAAAAAAGACAUUUGUGUCUCACGUAUAGUUCAUAGAUAUUCUAUUUUAGAGUAUGCGCCUCUCUUGGACUCAUGUGAUAUUACUAUGUCAGGUAAAAAAAAAAAUAUUUAUUCAUUUGUGUAUAAAAAAAAGUCGGAAAUUACUUAUUUUGGUAAUUUUUUUAGAUUGGGUUCGAAUUGCAGCAGAUAUUAAAGAAAAUUAUGAACUUUAUGACGCAUUUAUUGUUUUGCACGGAACUGAUACAAUGGCUUAUACAGCAAGCGCACUUAGCUUUAUGUUAGAGGAGCUUGGCAAGACAGUGAUUAUUACAGGUUCUCAGGUUCCUUUGACUGAAGUCAGAAAUGAUGCCGUUGAAAAUCUCUUAGGCGCUCUUACAAUUGCAGGACACUUUGUUAUUCCAGAGGUUACUCUUUAUUUCGGUAAAAAACUUUAUCGUGGCAACCGAACAAGUAAGAUUAGUGCUGUUGAUUUUGAAGCAUUUGAUUCUCCUAAUAUUCCUCCAUUGGUGGAUGUGGGCAUUAAUAUCGAUGUUAAAUGGCCACUAGUACUUCGACCAACACAAAUUGCAAAAUUUACUGUUUCCAAAAAUCUAAAUCCUAAUGUAGGUUCACUCAGAUUAUUCCCAGGUAUCAGUGACAGCACAAUUCGCGCCUUUUUAGCACCACCCAUUCAAGGCGUAGUUCUUGAGACAUUUGGUGCUGGUAAUGCUCCUGCUCGAUCUGCCUUGUUAGCUGCUCUUAAAGAAGCUAGUGAUCGAGGUGUGGUCAUUGUAAACUGCACUCAAUGUCGAAAAGGUGUCGUAACAGAUGCUUACGCAACAGGCAAACAGCUUGCCUCUGCAGGUGUAGUACCAGGUGCUGAUAUGACACCUGAAUGUGCACUUACUAAGUUAGCCUAUUUGCUUGGAAAGAUACCCAACAAUCCAGACUAUGUGCGUAAAAUGAUGACACGUAAUCUACGUGGUGAAUUAACUGUGCGUGCCCCUUAUCAACGCUUUAGUGCAUCCAAUAACCGAACAAGCAUGUUAGUCAAUAUUCUCACAAGAUUUUCAUCAUCUAAACUGGUUCGUCGUAUGAGUCGUGCUAGUAUAGAGGAUAUCGAUAUAGCAUCUGAUGGAUUAAAUGAAGAAGAAGAAAUUGAUUUAGCAAUGUCUACUGAGGAAGAGAUAGUAGCUGAAAGGAUACUAUUGCCUGUUCUGUUAUGUUCUGCUGCUGCUGUGAAUGACAUUGAUGGCCUUCGUUCACUUGUUGAAAGUAUAGGAGAAACAAUUAAUCUUAACUGUGUAGAUUAUGAUGGGCGUGUUCCACUUCAUAUUGCCUGUCGUGAGGGACAUCAUAAAAUUGUAGAAUAUUUAUUGUUACAUGGUGCAGCUAUCCAUGUACGUGAUCAUUCAGGCCAUACACCUUUAUUUGAUGCAGUUGUCCACCAACGAGCUGAGGUAAUUUCGAUACUUCGAAAGGCAGGUGCUCAUUUAGCAGAAAAUGAGCUAAAUGAUAUGGGACCUUUUUGGUUUAAAGCAAUUAAAAGUAACAACGUAAGAUGGGUCCAGAUUGCAUUAGAUGCAGGAUUUAAUGUUAAUUGGGCGGAUCCUGUAGAGGGACGUCGUGGUAUAGAUAUAGCUGUUACUUUAGGACAUGUAUCUAUUUUGAAAAUCUUGUUAAAUCAAGUUGGAAUUGAAGAUAGAUUUGAUAAGGUAAUAGAUAAGUGGGGUAUGACUGUACUCGAUAAGCUGGAAUUGCUUAAGAAGAGACAUGAUUUGAUACAGCCUAUAAAAAAUCGAGUCUCACUAGAGACAAUAGAACAAAUGGAGACAUUAUUAUAUAAUAGAAUUCAGGAUUAAAAACAUAAUUGCAUAUUUAUUAGUGUACAAUGGUGAUUAAAAUACAGGUAAAAAUUCACUUCAAAGAGCUGCUAUAUAAUCAAAUAAAGAAAACUUUUUUUUUAUCUUAUCUUAUACA